UGUGGGAGGGACCGGUGAAUAAAAGCAACGCUUUAUUCUUCCUGUUACUCAUAAACUCAUAACCGGACUAUAAUGUUACACUGUGUUUCUGCUCUAACACAUUAUCCUGCACACCAUAGCGACAAACAACAGCAAGGACAAACAAGGACAGCUUCAAGGCAAGUCGCAGAUGGCCCAGUGGCAGGAUCUGCUGAGGCUGGACUCAGCCCUCCAGGGCCGGGUGAGCCAGCUGUACGAUGAGAGGAAAUUCCCCAGAGAGAUCCGCCACUAUCUGUGCGUCUUCAUAGAGAGCCAGAACUGGGAUUUGGCAGCUGUGGAUGAAAAUACAGCAAGUACUUGUUUCUAUGCACUCCUGCUGUGUUUGGAUGAACAGUGGAACCGUUCUGUCCAGGAGAACAACAUUUUGCAGGGACCUGAUUUUCCAGGAAUGAAAGACUACUUGCUGAAACACUUUGGAGGUGAGCCACUGAAACUGGCUGUAGUCCUCUCUGAAUGUCUUAAAGAGGAAAAGAAAAUUCUGGCUUCAGCCUCUGAAGCACAGGGUUGGAACAGCCCAGCUGUGGAUCAGAAAUGGAGAGAGUUGGACAACAAAGUCAAUGAACUGAAACAGAAGACUGCGGAGGUGAAGAAGGAAAUGAAGUCACUGGAGUUCCUAAAUGAAAACAUAGACUUCAUACAGAAGACGUGGCAAAGCCAAGUGGAGCAGAAUAUCGGAUUGGCCCAGUCCCAAGCUGUUGUGGAAGGGGAAUGUCUUAAGCGGACCAACCGUAUCACACAAACAAAGCAGAUGGUGCUGCAGCAGAUAGUGAACAUUUUAAAAUUGGCACAGGAGGUUGUGUUGACUCUCACUGAUGUGGAGCUUCCUGAGUGGAAGCGCAGGCAGCAGAUGGCCUGCAUUGGAAGUCCAGUUGACACGUGUCUGGACCAUCUCCAGAAGUGGUUCACGACUGUGGCAGAGGUGCUGCUACAAGUACGUGAACAGCUGCAGAAACUGCAAGACCAGAACAAGAAGUACAACAGCACUGACGACUCUGGUCCAAUGGCAGAAAUUGAGAAUUUCACCUUGUCCCUGUUCAAAAACCUUCUUCUAAACGCUCUAGUGGUUGAGAAACAACCGAUCAUGUCGAGUUUACCUCACCGACCUCUUAUACUGAAGACGAGGGUGCGGUUCACAGUGUCAGUAAGGUUCUUAGCAAACCUCCCAGAGUUCAAGUGCCUGCUCAAAGUCAAACCUGUAUUUGACAUGGAUGUUGAAGAGGCCAAGACAGUUAAAGGGUUCCGUCACUUUGAUUUCAACAGCGAUGAUGGUAAGGUGUUGGAUGUGGACACGCCCCAUGGAGGCUUGGUGGCAGAAUUUGGUCACAUGUCACUCAAGGAAAGCAAAGCAAAAAGCAAAGGAUCAAAUGAGCCAGAAGUGACCAUAUUUGGACAGAAGGGUGGAUUUGUGGAGGAUAUGCAUUGCUACACCUCUAUCUUGAUGGACAGGUCACCUUGUAGCCACAAGGUAGCCACGCCCAUAGCAUACCCUGCUUUAUCAUCGAUUUUACAGAGUCUGACAGUCACUGAGGAACUCCACAUCAUUAAGUUUGUGACAGUGUUUCAGCAUGCUGGACUGGAAUUUGACAUUGAGGCCAGCUCUCUGCCUGUGGUUGUCAUCUCCAGUACCAAUCAGGUCGUCAGUGCCUGGGCCUCUGUCAUGUGGUGCAACAUGCUGUCCACCAGUGAACCAAGGAACCUGUCGCUUUUCAUCGACCCUCCUCCACUUGCCUGGCAGCAGCUGUCACAGGUUCUGAGCUGGCAGUUUUUGUCUGUUGGCCAACGGGAGCUUGACGAAUACCAGCUCUCUAUGCUCAGUGACAGAAUUGUGGAUGAUCCUGAUGGUCUCGUUUACUGGAGCAAGUUCUCCAAGAAUGAAAAUGCGUGGAUUUGGAUCGAUGGAAUCCUGGAUUUGAUCAAAAAACACCUGGUGGAUCUUUGGCGGGAUGGGUUCAUCAUGGGGUUUGUGAGCAGGGAGAGAACACGGCUUCUAUUGCAGGAAAAACAGGCCGGGACCUUUCUGCUGCGCUUUAGUGAGAGCAGCAAAGACGGAGCCAUCACCUUCAGCUGGGUUGAGCACUCCAAGGGUGACACCCAUGUGCAUGCAGUAGAGCCCUACACCAAGAUGGAGCUGUUAAACAUGUCUCUGCCAAACAUUAUUUACAACUACAGUCUGAGAGCCCAGAAGAGCAUGCACAGUCCUCUGCUCUAUCUUUACCCAGACAUUCCCAAGGACACUGCCUUUGGACGCUACUACAACAUCAAUCAUGAAACGUCGGCACCUAAAAAGGUCGUACAUCCGUACGUUCACAGAACAUUGGUGCCUGUCUCAGAAAAUCCCACACCACCUCCAUCUCCACCUGGGGAGAUGGUCAUCAUGGACGUGGAUGUAGAUACGAGACUGGAGGAGCAUCAUCAAGAACUCUUCUCUGAUUUACUCAACUUACCUGAACUCCCCGACUUAAUGACUUACCAAGAUAUGGCAUCAUCUCAGACCAACUUUGUUGAUCUAUAUAACACCUUUUGAAAAUGCUGGCUUAUUGUGUCAGAACCAGAAAGUUAUCAGAAUGGGGACUCUCACUCACCAAGUACAGGGAAUGUUUUCAGUACAAGUAAUACAAUGAAAAAUAAGAAAACAGAACAAAGUCACUUACUGUAAAAAUUAAGAAUACCAUAAAAACAAUGAUCAACAUGUAUGAGUAUAAUUGUUUAAGAUUCUGCCAUAUGGAUAUAUUGUGCAAAGAUAAAAGCAAUUUUAAGAUAAUUAGGUGAUGUAAGAGGUGGUUCUAACAAAUGUGCUUUUCUACUGUACUGUUUAAAUGUAUACUGAGGAAAUUUCUAUUUGCACAUUACUUUUUCAAUGAAAAUGCCUGUGCUGUGUGUAAAAACACCAUGAUGUAUUGUAGUUGUUCUUUAAUUUUGUUUAUUAAAAUAAACAUAUCUGAAUGCA